GCGGUGCAGGCUGGGGGAUCACGGCCGCUUCCGGUCGGCCUGCCAGGCCGGCGCCGGAGGGGCGCCCGGGGUCCUCCCGCCCCGCGGCAGCCCGGGCGCGGUGCAGGCUGGGGGGACAUGGCCGCUUCCGGUCGCCCUGCCAGGCCGGCACGGGCUUGACCGGGGUCUCUGCCUACGCGCUCCGCCCUCUGCUCCUCCCGCUCGGCAGCCGCGGAGGUCGCUUCAGCCUUUCCCCGUCGCUGCCCGCGCCGCGCCAUGGAGAAGAGCUCGAGCUGCGAGAGCCUGGGCUCCCUGCCGGCGGUGGCGCGGCCGCCCAGCGUGGACUCCCUGUCCAGUUAAUGUGUUAAGAGCCAUUGACAUUUGAAGAUCAUCAGAAGUGAAGAUAAAACAUCUCAAAAAUUAUAAUUGCUUCUACUUCUCAUUCAGAGAAUUCAGUGCAUACAAAAUCAGCAUCUGUUGUAUCAUCAGACUCUAUUUCAACUUCUGCAGACAACUUUUCUCCUGAUCUGAGGGUCCUGAGGGAGUCUAACAAAUUAGCAGAAAUGGAAGAACCACCCUUGCUUCCAGGAGAAAAUAUUAAAGACAUGGCUAAAGAUGUAACUUAUAUAUGUCCAUUCACUGGUGCUGUACGAGGAACUCUGACUGUCACAAAUUACAGGUUAUAUUUUAAAAGCAUGGAACGGGAUCCCCCAUUUGUUUUAGAUGCUUCUCUUGGUGUGAUAAGCAGAGUAGAAAAAAUUGGUGGUGCUUCUAGUCGAGGUGAAAAUUCUUAUGGGUUAGAAACUGUGUGCAAGGAUAUUAGGAAUUUACGGUUUGCUCAUAAACCUGAGGGGCGAACAAGAAGAUCCAUAUUUGAGAAUUUAAUGAAAUAUGCAUUUCCAAUCUCUAAUAAUCUGCCUCUUUUUGCUUUUGAAUACAAAGAAGUAUUCCCUGAAAAUGGAUGGAAGCUAUAUGACCCUCUUUUAGAGUAUAGAAGGCAGGGAAUUCCGAAUGAAAGCUGGAGAAUGACAAAGAUAAAUGACCGAUACGAGCUUUGUGAUACAUACCCUGCCCUCUUGGUUGUGCCAGCAAAUAUCCCUGAUGAAGAGUUAAAAAGAGUGGCGUCAUUCAGGUCAAAGGGGCGUAUCCCUGUUUUAUCAUGGAUUCAUCCUGAAAGUCAAGCCACAAUCACUAGAUGUAGCCAGCCCAUGGUAGGUGUGAGCGGGAAGCGAAGCAAAGAAGACGAAAAAUACCUUCAAGCCAUCAUGGACUCCAAUGCCCAGUCUCAUAAAAUUUUUAUAUUUGAUGCCCGGCCAAGUGUUAAUGCUGUUGCCAAUAAGGCAAAGGGUGGAGGUUAUGAAAGUGAAGAUGCCUAUCAAAAUGCAGAGCUAAUUUUUCUAGAUAUCCACAAUAUUCAUGUUAUGAGGGAAUCAUUACGGAAACUUAAGGAGAUUGUGUACCCCAACAUUGAGGAGACUCACUGGCUGUCUAACUUGGAAUCUACUCACUGGCUAGAACAUAUUAAGCUUAUUCUUGCAGGGGCUCUGAGAAUUGCUGACAGAGUCGAGUCAGGGAAGACAUCUGUGGUCGUCCACUGUAGCGAUGGGUGGGAUCGCACAGCUCAACUCAGUUCCCUCGCCAUGCUUAUGUUGGAUGGAUACUAUCGAACUAUCCGGGGAUUUGAAGUCCUUGUGGAAAAAGAAUGGCUAAGCUUUGGACAUCGAUUUCAGCUUAGAGUGGGCCAUGGAGAUAAGAACCACGCAGAUGCAGACAGAUCACCCGUUUUUCUUCAGUUUAUUGACUGUGUCUGGCAAAUGACAAGACAGUUUCCUACAGCAUUUGAGUUCAAUGAGUAUUUUCUCAUUACCAUUUUGGACCACCUGUACAGCUGUUUAUUUGGAACAUUCCUCUGUAACAGCGAACAGCAGAGAGGAAAAGAGAGUCUUCCUAGAAGGACUGUGUCUCUGUGGUCUUACAUAAACAGCCAGCUGGAAGACUUCACAAAUCCUCUCUACGGGAGCUAUUCCAAUCAUGUGCUUUAUCCAGUAGCCAGCAUGCGCCACCUAGAACUCUGGGUGGGAUAUUAUGUGAGGUGGAAUCCACGGAUGAAACCACAGGAGCCCAUUCACAACAGAUACAAAGAACUUCUUGCUAAAAGAGCAGAGCUUCAGAAAAAAGUAGAGGAACUACAGAGAGAGAUUUCCAAUCGUUCAACCUCAUCCUCGGAGAGAGCCAGUUCUCCCGCACAGUGUGUCGCUCCUGCCCAAACUGUUGUAUGAAAGGGAUAUUAGGUGGGGGCCUUCCUUGCCAUGAACUCAGUUACAAAGGCAGCUUGAGGAGGGGAAAGUCUUCUGAAUUUAGAACUGAACCAAUCUAUGAAAGAAAUUCAAUGCUUAUAUUUAUUUUAAAUAUCUCUACGAUGGGUUUAAAACUGCAGCAGUGCAGGUGGUUUAAGUGAAAUAACCCCCUAUGUCAUCUUACAAGUCACCCAAGGAAGAUACUUCAAUCCUCGAUCCACAGUGGGAAAAGGUUUCUGAUUUUAAAAGGAAAAUCUGUUAGAAAUUUUGGUGCCUGGUAAAAUCAAAAUGUAAACCACUUCAGAACUAUACCUCUUGAAGGAAGAGAGCUCACUGCACAGUGAGGAGCCUCAGUUUUCAUUCCAGUACUAAAUUUCCAUGGCAUUAUGCACACUGGGCUUUUAUGUCAUGAUAGAUCAAAUCUUCUGCUAGUCCUUUCCCAUCCAGGGGUUUUUCUUUCCUGUAGUAAUGUACUUUGAGCACCUUUCAAAACCCAGUCUUCACAUAUGAUAAGGCAGAAAGUCCUGAGGAAAUUACAGUGUCGUGGUUGAAAACUAUUGCUGUCAUUAUUUAUACACUAAGAUGCACUUGGUAACUAUUCCAAAAUGAUGCCUUAUAGAUGUGCUUGUUGGGGGAGGAUAGAAAGUGGUAGCCAUCCAGAUUUCAAAGAAUUCCAAAUCCUUUUCCAUUUGCACAAUUACUAGAGACAUCAUGAAACAUUUUAAAAACAUUAUCUACCCUACUUUGUGUACGUGCCUAAAUACGGAAGUUAAUUGAUAAGUGCUGAUGUACUAUUUAAGAAGUUUACUAGGAUUGACUUUCUGAAGUAUGUAUAAAUAGCUUAUGGUGGAAGUACUAUGUUCAAUUUUACAUUAUUUUAUUACUUCCCUUUGCAAAUUCUGUAAUUCCACUGAAUGAAUAAAUCUACCAAAGAACUUACUGCAUGUAAAAAUGUUUCACAAUUGCAAUGCUGGUAAAGAAAAUCUUGCUUCACUUCACCUGCUACAGUAAGGAUUCAGUGCUGGUAUAAACAUUUGACUCCCUGGUGUCUAUUUUACCCUGUAUAAGAGCCAUAUGUUAUAUACUGUAACAAAGGAGCUUCUUGUCCCUUGGGUCUUUAAUUGAAAGAAAAUUUCAACUGAUUUUUAAACUCUGUUCUUGUUCUGAAUUGUUUGCCUUGUCAUUGGAUUUUUGAGGAAAGGGGUGUCUGUCUUUUAGCAACCUGCUUCAAGUUGAACAUUUCAAAGUAUCUUGCAAUGAGGAAUCAGAUGUACUAACUUUUAUUAGUACAUCGAAUAUUAGCAGAAUUGGUACCAAAAUUAUUUUGUCACUGUGUUAAAUACUGUUAUGCAUUUUCUUAGAACAUAUGUAAGUGGCCAGUCUUAUCAGAAUUAAAUAAAGGUAAAAGUUUUCUAACCCAAA